CCACAGAUUGACAGACCCAAACGCCAGUCGCCAUUUUGAAGAAAUAUUACAAACUCAUUUUAUAUAUCAAAUAACAUCUUAAAGUUGAGUAACUCGAUAAGGUACUUACGAUUUAUUCUUGAUUUUCUUUUUUUGUGUUAAAUUAUGUUAUUUUGGAUUGAUAUUCAGGGAGUAAUUCACGGCCAGGGCUACAAACUGAGAGCUGCGCCAUUAUGACUUUGGUGGGGCAGUAGAGGUCGAACAGACGCCAUUUUGUUUUCGGCUAAACGGGAGGAAAAACGCUCGAAAUGACGCAAAAAUCGUCACGCAGUAUAAAUACAAAGUCCCUCCCCGCCGAGCUCAUUCCUGGAUUUGGUCAGAGGUAUGAAUCUUCUUUGCCGAAGACUGAACCGUCGAGGACUUUGAACAACUCUGCUCAAAUUCAUAUUUUUUCUUCAAGUAAUGGACAUUUUAUGCCUAUUUUUGCCUCCAGUUUGUUCCUGAAGGAAAGGCUAGCCUUUAGCUCUCACAGCCCCACCCAUAAGAAGUCUUUAUAAGUAAAACCCUGAUGGUUUACGAUAUGAAAUAGUUAAAUAAUAAGUAUAAGUGCCUGAAAAGCACAGCUCAUUAGACCCGAGGCGCUGAGGAUCUGUAGAAACCAUAGUGUGUGUUUCAGGCAUGGCAGGGGCACCUGUUGACCCCAGAGAGAUCCUGAAAGGUGUGGAGGCUCUGCUAGGGAAGGAUGGAGAGCUGCGCAGCCUGGAGGGAGUCCCAAAGGUGUUCAGUCUGAUGAAAGCUUCCACUAAGAUGGUCAGCAGGAGUAUGUACCUGAACAUCCUGCUGCAGACCAAGUCACAUGACGUUCUCAACAGGUUCAUCAGGGUAGGAGGCUACAGGCUGUUGAACUCGUGGCUCACCUACUCAAAGACCACCAACAACACCCCACUGCUGCAACUCAUCCUGCUCACGCUGCAGAAACUGCCCCUCAAGGUGGACCACCUCAAACAGAAUAACACGGCUAAAGUGGUGAAGCAGCUGAGUAAGAGCGCCGACACUGAAGAGCUGAGGAAGUUGGCCGCCGUGCUGGUCGACGGGUGGAUGGCGACAAUUCGCUCACAGAGUGUGUCGAGUGCCAGCAGCAGCUCCCCCGCUGAUAAGAAGAAGAAAAAGGAGGAGACUAAGGUUCCUGUGAAGGAGGUGAAGGAGGUGAAGGAAGUGAAGGAGGUGAAGUGCCCAGAGGAGGAGAAGAAGAAGGAGAAACCCAAAGCUCACGCUCCCAGUCAUGCCAAGAUCCGCUCCAUUGGAUUGGAGAUGGAAACCGUCAACCCUGGUCCCCCAAAGAAGUCCCAACCCCCCCCUCAGCUAGGAGACAAAUACAACAUCAAACCGCCAGUGCUGAAGAGACCCAGCUCGGGCCCCUCAGACAUGCCCCCCCUGGAGAAGAAGUACAAACCUCUCAACAUGCCGUCAAACUCCGCCAAAGAGAUCAAAGUGAAGAUCAUCCCUGCUCAGCCGAUCGAGUGCACUGGCUUCCUGGAUGCUUUGAACUCGGCACCUGUACCAGGGAUCAAGAUCAAGAAGAAGAAAUCUGGACCAGGUGCUCCCCCUGGGACCAAGGCCGUCUCCCCCACCUCCAACAAGAUGAAUCCCUUCGACGGUAAGCCUGCCUCUUAUUCUUCUUCUGCUGUGAAACCCUCCUCUCCUGAGGCCGCCUCCUCAAACACACCUGAAGACAACCAGGACGUGGAGCAGCCCGGGACCCCUGUCCCUUCUGAGGACCCAGAGACCUCAGAGAAUGGUGAGAAGCCAAACGCUCUGUCGGAGCCUCGGGGGGAAGAGGAGAACCUGACAAAGAAAGGGAAGAAGAAGAAGACUGUUCACUGGGCCGAGGAGGAGCAGCUCAAACAUUAUUUCUACUUCGACCUGGACGAGACGGAGAGGGUGAAUGUGAACAAGAUAAAGGACUUUGGAGAGGCGGCUAAGAGGGAGCUGAUGAUGGACCGGCAGACAUUUGAGAUGGCCCGGCGUCUCUCUCAUGACACCAUGGAGGAGAGGGUCCCCUGGAGCCCCCCGAGGCCCCUCACCCUGACCGGUAGCCUGGUGACCACGGGGGCGAACAGCACGGAGAAACUGACGCAGAGAGAUCGAGAGAUGGGAAUACUGCAGGAGAUCUUCCUCAACAAGGAGAGUGUUCCUGACAGUCCUCAUGAACCAGACCCAGAGCCAUAUGAGCCCAUGCCCCCCCGCCUGAUCCCCCUGGAUGAGGACUCGUCAAUGACGGAUGAAGGCUACGUGGAGCCCAUGGACUCCUCCUCCUCACAGGUUGGAGGGUCCAACCUGACUGAGAGCUCCAAGCUGCCCCCCGUCCUCGCCAACCUCAUGAACCUGAACAACAACAGGAGCCCACAGACGAACACCCCCACCAACCAACCCACUGCCCCGUCUGUCAACGUGCAGGAGCUGCUAACCUCAAUCAUGGGGGCAUCAGGCAGUCAGUCCACUGAGGAUAUGAUCAAACAGCCCGACUUCUCAGACAAGAUCAAACAGCUGCUGGGUUCCCUGCAGCAGAGCCAGAACCAGAACCAGAACCCGUCAGGACCCCCUCCAGUGAACCCGGGUCUGCUGGGUCAUGGUCCGGGUAUGAACAACAUGAACAACAUGAACAUGAACAUGCACAUGCAGAUGCCAAUGAAUGGGGGCUACCCCCCCAACAAUCCCCCCGGAGGACCCCGUUUCAACCAUCCUCCGCCGCCACAUGCCCAUGGACCCCCGUUUAAUGCCGGGGGCCCCCGCAUGAUGGGGCCCCCACCAGGCCAGGGCCGUGGAGACAAUGGGAACUACUGGGGAGACGAGUCCAUGAGGGGAGGGCCACAUAGGGGAGGGCACUUCCACAGAGGAGGGCGUGGCCGGGGUGGAGAACCUGGCUUCAGGGGGCGUGGACGAGGUGGACCUCGAGGAGGACACAACAACAUCAAUGACAUGUCUCAGAGACCGGUAUGUCGUCACUUCAUGAUGAAGGGAAGCUGCAGGUAUGAGAGUAAAUGUGCGUUUUAUCAUCCGGGAGUGAACGGACCUCCACUGCCCCCCAACCACCCCCCCAACCACCCCCCCCACAACCAGCAUCCCCAGCACGGACACUAGGGGGCACUUCAGCCUGAGGACACUCAGAGGACUGUGAUGUUGUGGUGAUGUCAUCUGACAGAAGAUGGUCUUUUUUACAGUGAUCAUUUUUAACAGUGCAGUACACCUGAUCAUCGUUUUUGUUUCUUCAUCAGUCACACCUAGUUCUCUUCAUUAUACACAUGAAGCACUUUAUACAGAGAACACACUGAUAACACCUGCCAGGUAUGAUACACACCUGAUACACACCAUCACACCUGCCAAGUGAAAGCCAGUUAAAACUCUGCUGACUGAAGAAGUGGAAGAAUACCUGGCUGUUAUUAUAUGACAGCAGCUGGUUGUGUGUGUGUGUGAGAGUGAGAGUGAGAGAGUGAGAUUUAUACUAGGAGUGGGCGUGGCCUUAGUGACAUCACGAUGGGGGUAUCUGUUUAGAAACCUUCAGUUUGCCAUGUUUUUAUUUUUUAUCAUUCUUGUUUUUUUACCAUAUUUGGAGGUGAGGCUGGAUACUCUGUGAAGUGUCCCCUGUCUAACUCCUCCCCUGCUUCCUGGUCUCUGUGACUCUGAAUGGGACCAUGAUUUACUAAAUGAGCAUAGAACAAAGAAGACUUGAAACCAGAGAUAGAGACAAUGAACUCAUUAGGAAUGGGUUUGCAGAGGGAAUAAUUCAGCUGAGAAGGAGGACCACUUUCUCACAGACUGCUUUACAAUCAGACUGAAUUCACGUCAGAGAGGAUGCAGGUUAAAAUCAUGGCAUUUGAAAGAAAGGCUUCAUUAACCUCCUUUAUACUGUCUAUGAUCACAGCUCCGUGUGUGUGUGUGUGUGUGUGUGUGUGUGUGUGUGUGUGUGUGUGUGUGUGUGUGUGUGUGUGUGUGUGUGUGUGUGCGCACAUGAUCAGCUGUGUUACCUGACAAUCAGACCUGCAGGUGUGUAUAUGAUGUGUAUGCAGUGUUGAAGGUGAGCUGCUCUGAAGUCAGUUUGUUUUCUGUGAAAACUUUGAGCUGCUUCUUGUUGGGACUUCCUAAACUUCCUGUUUCUCCUCCAUGUUUUUUUUCUAUUUUUAUUUUUUAUAUCCUGGAACAUUCUCAGCGCGCCGGCACUGGAAGACGUUCAGUUUAUUGUCAGUAUGAAAUGUUUGUAAAAUACAGAAACUCAUUUAUACAUAUUUCAGUUGUUUUGUACACAGUGUCAUCAAUAAAUGUUAAAUAUAAGAACA